CAGAAAAACGUUGAAAUAACCGAUUGCAAACUGCAGGAGCCAGAAAAAGUUUCAGAAAUUCUGCUCAAUGAGACGAAACACCUGGACAAACUGAAGUGCGAAGUCAUAAAGCAGUUGAGAGAGACUGAUGAGAAGCCUGCUUUGACUCUAGACCACAACACUGCACACCCAGAUCUGGUCCUGUCUGAGGAUCUGACCACUGUGACAUUCGUUGAAAAUAACCCACAGAGGUAUGACUUGUACCACAGUGUGCUGGGCUCUGUGGGCUUUGACAUGGGCACUCACUGCUGGGAUGUGGAGGUUGGGGACUAUCCACGCUGGAUUCUGGGCGUGAUGGCGGAGUCUGCUAAGAGGAAGGGAGACUUCACCCCCAUGAGUGGACGCUGGUUUAUGUGGCGUAACGAUGACGAGUACGCUGCACGCUCUACGCCGACCCCCUCCACUUUCCUUAAGGUGGAGCAGAAGCCGCAGAGAGUCCGAGUGCAGCUGGACUGGAACGGAGGAGAAUUGUCAUUCUUUGAUGCGGAUACUUUUGGACAUAUACACACUCUCAAAGACACUUUCAAGGAGAAAGUGUACCCAUACUUUAACACAGUCUUUACUUUGAAGGUCCUGCAAGUAGAUUCAGGGUGGAUGACAGCAGAAGACACGGGGUGGACCCCAAUACCGUAAUUUCCUGCCUAUAGACCGCAACAGUCCCGUCCACUGCCGAUUCCGGAGUAUAAGCCAUCGUAACCGUCCAUGGUAGACUUAAAACCAGCUAUGACAUGACUAAGCGAUUGUACAUGCAAAAUCCUAACAGGUAAAAGCAGAACCUUUGAUUGGUAGAGACAGGCGUAGAUUUGCGUGGGGACCGAAGGACGUGUCCACACC